CGGAGCCCCGGUCGGAAGUCCGCGUGCUCCUCGUGGGGAAGCGCAGGUGUCCCUUUUUUCCCGCCGUAGCCCAAGGCGCCGCUCCGGCGUGCGUGCGCGAGGUGCAGCGCGCGGCGUGCUGGUGGUUCGCCGGCGUUUCGGCUGCUGUUCACGUGCCGUUCUGCACGGAGCUGAGGCAGCUCCGUCACUGGGAGAUAAAUCCACACAAGUAAGGAGACGAGACCAUUGAGAAGAAGGCGUCGUCUUCGUUGACUUUGCGCUGAAAUGGACUCCCUCUGAGCGAAUCUGUUUUCGCUCCUUACAGUAUUUCCUCCUGACAGUCACUACGGCGAAACCCUACAGUUGAACGUCGCGCAGUCCAAUGACAAGUGAAAAACUCCCACUCUCUACAGCAUAGUGGAUGGAGCCGAAGAAACAGAAAUGGCGUUGCGAAAAGUGUACUCGCCAUGCCUCGAAAGAAAAACCGACUGUGGCUUGAAAAGAUAUCAGCUGCCGACUCGUGGCUGAUAUAUGCAGCGAGCACCCCGAAAAAAUCCGCAGGCAUUGCUACACCGAGCAGAAUUUAGGAGGAGAUAUAUCGGAAGGGCCAAUCGGUUUCUCUAAGACAUGUCGACUCCCACGUCGUUUUGGCUUCGUAAGUUCAAAACCGCGUUAUAGUGCGUGCGAAAAGUUCACUGAGACUCAGUGUUGGACGAGUCUCAACAAAUGUCCCUGCCCUGAAAGGUUCUCGAAGCUCAUCCGUUGUGACUGCCGGACAGUGCGUACGCCUAAGGCUCUCGCCGCUUAUACCGACCGCUGGCGAAACUCUGCGAAGACAGUGAAUGACGCUCGUUCUGCUUGGAACUCGAAUGCGAGACAGUGAUGUGCUUUGAACCGGAGUGAGCCGACUGUGGUCUGCACGAUGGAGAGCAACGACAAGGCCCGCUUUCUUCUGCUACUACUCGCCUCGCUCGCCGCCAGCUCGUGGGCCUCCACAUCGGGCCAGGGUCCCCGGUUCGUUCGAGAACCACCGCCGCGGCUUCGCUUCCACAACAGCACGGGAGGCAGCCUCGAGUGCUCGGCCCGAGGUCACCCCACGCCGGAGCUCCGUUGGCUCGCCUUGGACGACACCGGCGUCGUUCCCGGUGCUCCCGCACUCGACCUGCCGGGCCUACGCCGAGCGCGAGCCGACGGCUCGCUGGAGUUCCUUCCGUUCCGCGCCGACGAGUAUCGGCAGGACGUGCACUCGGCCACCUACCGCUGCCUCGCCUCCAACCGCAUCGGUGUGGUCGGCAGCAGGGAUGUCCACGUUCGCGCGGUUGUGCAGCAUCCGUACAAGCCACAAGUGUACGACGAGUUCGUCAUCGCGGGAAACACCGCAGUUUUCCGCUGCAGCGUCCCGAGCUUCGUGCGUGACUUCCUGGAAUUCUUCGCAUGGAUACGAGACGACGGCACGGUCAUCACCAGCAGCUUGGAGAAAGGCCGGUACAGCAUCUUGCCCAGCGGGGAGCUUUACGUCCGUCACGUGGAGUCCGGAGAUCGCCUGCGGAGCUAUCGCUGCAAAACGAGGCACAAGCUCACGAACGAGGUCGUGACGAGUGCCUCGUCAGGCAGGCUCAUAAUUCAAGAACCUCAGGGAGCUGCAUCUCCCAAGAUCACCGACAGCCACCCUUUUGUCCAUGCUGUCGAGGGACAAGACGCUGUUGAACUGGCCUGUGCAGCUCAGGGCUAUCCAAUUCCAUCUUACCGUUGGUACAGAGAGCUCGGUGGUCGGCUACUGGACUUGACUCGCGACCUGCGUACGACUCAGACGGAAGGGUCUCUCCUGCUGUCAGCGCCGCUCGUCAGGGACAGCGGCAAAUAUUUCUGCGUCGUCAAUAACAGCGUCGGCGAGGAACAAGUCCGCACUACUCUUUCCAUUACAGCACCGCUGAAGGCCGAGCUGUUCCCGGCGGUGCAGACGGCCGACGUUGGCCAGCCGGCGGUGUUUAACUGCACGGUGACCGGGCACCCCGUGCGGUCGUUGUCCUGGUACAAGGACCAGCGGCCUCUGGAGGCCAACGCCCGGGUCUCAUUCCUCGCCACGGGCAUGAUGCGCAUAAGCUCUGUGCUCAGAGAAGACGCGGGCAUGUACCAGUGCUACGCGCACAAUGAGGCCGACUCAGCGCAGGGAUCUGCGGAGCUGCGGCUUGGUGACGUGGCGCCCUUCCUGACGUCCGUGUUCGACGAGCAGACACUGCAGCCUGGCGCGUCGGUGUCCCUCCGCUGUUCGGCGGCGGGAAACCCGCUGCCGCAGGUCACCUGGACCCUCGACGACGCGCCGGUGCCGGACUUCCACCGCUUCCGCGUGGGCGACUUCGUCACGGCCGACUCCGUGGUCGUCAGCUUCGUCAACGUCACCGAGCUGCGGGUCGAGGACGGUGGCCUGUACGCCUGCGCUGCGGCCAAUGCCGUCGGCGAGGCGAGUCACGGCGCCCGCGUGAACGUUCACGGCCCUCCGGUCAUCCGGCCCAUGAGCAACAUCUCGGUGGUCGCCGGCACCACGCUGAGGGUGGUCUGCCCUGUGGCGGGCUACCCCAUAAACAGCGUCACCUGGUUCAAAGGCGAUGCCCAGCUGCCGACCAACCACCGACAGCAGAUGGCGCAGAGCUCGCUCAGCGUGCACAACGUGCAGCGGGCCUCCGAUGAGGGCGAAUACUCCUGCCUGGCCCGCAGCGGGAACCUCUCUGCGCGUGGCAACACCUUCGUCAGGGUCCGAGUGCCUCCGGUUAUUGACAGCCAGAUGCUCCCGGACGUGCUGACGGCGAACGAAGGCAUGAAUGUGAAGAUGCUGUGCAGCGUGGUCCAGGGGGACCCACCCAUCACUUUGCGCUGGACGCGCGGUGGUCGCAACGUGGCGCGAAGUGCCUCGGUGUCCCUGCAGAGCCUCGAGGACUCCUCAGUGCUAACGAUGAAAGGCGUGUCCAUGCGGGACUCCGGAAACUACACGUGCGAGGCGUCCAACAGGGCAUUAGCUGUGAACCGGACCGUUUCCCUUGUCGUCAACGUGCCGCCCAUGUGGACGACCGAGCCAUCCAACGGCAACGUGGUCCUCGGAGGCAUCACGGCACUGCACUGCGCUGCUGAUGGAUUCCCUACGCCUCGCAUCGACUGGAAGAGGGCGCAGGGCAGUGAACCACGGAACUUUCGGCUCGUCUCCGGCAGCUACCGCAUUCACGUGCACACAAACGGCACACUGGUUGUCCAAGACGCUGAGCUAGCGGACGGAGGAUACUAUCUCUGUGAAGCGCACAACGGCAUUGGCGUUGGACUCAGCCGUGUCGUCACGUUAGCCGUUAACGUGCCCCCGAGUUUUCCUUCCAAGUUUACGAGCCAGAACGUGAAAAGAGGGCAAGAAACGGUGCUUCGCUGUGAAGCCGCAGGAGACCCCGAUAUGAGCAUCACAUGGGAGAAGGACAAGCACCCACUGGACCUCACUGCAGAAAAAAGGUACAACCUGAUAAGUGACUCAUUGGCGGGAAAAAUGACUUCGACACUCACAAUCAAGUCGGCAGAAAGAAGGGACGGUGCUCUCUACACUUGCAUUGUGAAAAACCCAUACGGAUCGGACGAGACAAACAUACAACUUCUUGUACAAGAGCCACCGUCUUCGCCUGCUGAUGUUCGCGCCAUGAAGAUAUCAAGUCGGACGAUAGAGAUAACCUGGUCGCCUUCAUACAAUGGAAACAGCCCCAUUAGGAAAUACCACGUACACUUUACGAACACAAGCUGGGACGUCGCCGGUGCGACCUCGCACCUUUCAGUUCCUGGUACCGAAAACAGGGGCAUUGUUUACAAGCUACUGCCAAUGACAACCUACCGGAUAAAGGUGGUCGCGGAGAAUGCUUUGGGACACAGUGCCCCUAGCGAUACGCUUGAAGUGACGACCAGUGAGGAAGCCCCUGGUGGUCCACCGCUGCACGUCAAAGUCGAAGCCACUGGUUCUCAAUCACUAAAAGUGACGUGGGAGCCCCCUCGCAAGGAGCUUCAGCAUGGCAAAAUACAAGGCUACUACAUCGGCUACAAAGAGGAAGACCGUGACGACGCCGAGUUCCAGUACAAGAAUGUCGAAGCUCUGGAGACCGGUGGUUCACGGCGCCACCACAUGAGCCACCUGACCAAUCUCAAGCGCAAGACCAACUACGUGGUCAAGGUGCAGGCCUACAACAGCGAAGGGGCAGGACCUAUGUCUGACGACAUGAGUGCCACCACGCUCGAAGCAGUACCACCGACAUCACCGGCGCUGAUAUUCAAGACCAGCACAACGAGUUCGGUCACCGUUGAAUGGGAACGUUAUCCAGAUGACAUGACAGUAAGAGACUACGUGCUCCACUAUCAAGCCGAAGGUGGCGACUGGCAGCAAAAGGCCAUUAGCACGAGCUCGAACAAGUUCACGCUAGAAGGACUUAAGUGCGGCUCCCUCUACAGUUUCUACAUGACUGCAACCAAUAGCCUCGGUACUGCAGAGCCACGGGACAUCAUUUACGGCAGAACCAGGGGCGCAGCUCCGGUCUCUUCGAAGAUGGAAAACUUCAUCGACGUGAACGCCACCUCCGCGACGCUGAGGCUGGACAUGUGGCAGUCGGGUGGCUGCCCAAUCCUCCACUUCGCCGUGCACCUUAGACCCAGCAGCCCCGGACAAACGCAGCAGCAGCAGCAAUCCUGGAAGCUAGUGUCGGACGCCAUUCCCGGCCACCAGAGGCACUUCGAGUUGCGCCACCUCUCGCCCGGCAGGGAGUACGAAGUUCGUGUCAGCGCCCACUCGGACGCCGGCACCACCGAGGCGGACUACUCCAUCAGGACGCUCAACAGGUCGCACAUGGCCGGAGUCAGCUCUACCCACGGAUCGUCGGGGGUCCAGGCAGGAGACGGUGGCGACGUGCCCCUCUACCGGAACCUGUCCAUUCUGCUUCCGGUCAGCGUGUCCGUGCUCGUGCUCAUCGUCGUGGUCGCUCUGGUCAUGGUGUGCUUCCGGCGGCAGAACGACGCCUACAGCGCAGCAGGUACCGGCGACGAGAACCACAUGGACGAUCCGCUGCGCAAGUGCCAGGGCAGCACAGAUUCUAUGAGCAUGACCGAGUUCUGCGCCAAGAAGGAGCGCCUGCAGCAGCAAGACGCCUACGGGAAGGCCACCUCCUACUACGCCUCGCCCGCCCGGAAACCUGUUCCGGUCGCAUCGGGAUCGAGGCGAGGGCGCCGAGGGGAGGACGGCCACGAAUAUGCCGAGCCUUACGCCGCGCUGCAGGCCCAGCAGCAGCGGCUACUGGCGGACGCCGACUGCGCUGCCGCAGUGGCGAUAGCAUACCGGGCACGGUGCGAGGGUGCCCCCUACGCAACAAUCAAGCGCAGCCCACCUAGGUCUCAUAUAGCGGGUUACUGUCAAGAGGUAUCUUGACAAUGGGACACCUCAAGCAACGGGGUGGUGCAAUGCUUGGUGUAAACCAAGAAGGGUGAGGCGACGAUCGAGUCGUCAACACCCGACCAAUGCUAUUCCCGACGAUGUGAAGAAGACAGGCGACUUCCUCGUCAUGUCGUAUUCAGCAAGCCACCCUAUGGACGCCUCGCUUUCUCGAGGAGCCAUGCCGACGUCUGUGUUGCUGACAAAACCUCUUCCGCGUCACGGUACAAAGGACAGCGCAUUCCAUGUGUCUCCAUCAACUUUAGUGGUAUUGCAUUAUCUGGAGUGCUUCCGCUGGCUCGGACGGACCAGAGCGAUGUGGUAUACUGUAAUUUGAUAUGUGAUGCGUAACGCAUGCCGUCAGGCUGACUGUCUGUCUGAUAUUAUCGCUUUCGAGAUUCUCAUCGCAUUGAUUACUUGCAUUGUUGUCGUUUUUCUUUUUUUUUUUUCGGGGCAUCAUCACUGCUCAGGGCCACUGUUGUGCGCUAAGUUUAUAAUUAUCUAUGUCUGAUAAUAAUACCAGUGCUACAAGGCAAGAUGUUUAAGUUACUCGUUAGUCAUUGCUGAUUUCGUGCUGCUUAUGAAAAACAUCAACUACAUACGAGGCCCUAUUAUUAGAAAAAAAAAACUGCCUACUGAAAGUGGCCCUUAUACAUUCCCAUAAAACUUUACAUUGCCUUUUUCUAAUUCUUUUUCUUUUUUUUUUUGUACAGAGAGUCUUCGGAACGGCGAAAUCAUAGGAAUGCGGGAAAUAUAGACAUUGCGAUUAAGCAUAAGGUUUUCUAUUCUGAAACAUAUGAACAUAUGAGUGCAGGUUAAAGUGUUAAAAGCCAGCGUGAGAAAUGCGGGCAGUGGGCCGUUAUAGUGCUGUGCUAUUUACGGUGAUAUGAUGCGUUCCCUUUUUAUCCGCACGUUGUUAGCCCCGAAAAUUUUACCUGAGGCACCGUUUCGAGGAGUACAUAAGAAUCCUAAGCAUUGUUACUGUUACACACAAUCGUGGUUCUCUUUGUUGUAUCUUGGUAUCUCGAAUGUCGUUCUCUCCUAAUCACAAGACUGUGUGUUGCGGUAUACGUCAGUGAAAGCAAAUUUCUCUGUCCAAAGCGCGAGAACUUCAUUAGCCUGUGAUAAAUGCUACGUUUCCCCGUGCGACGUAAAAAAAAGUGGGCGACGAUAUCGCAUCGUCAGGGCCCACGCCAUGGAAAAGAGAGCAUUGCGCAACAUGAUUGAAGCCAUGCUUAUCGGCCCAGCACGUGACCGUUACGUCGGAACAUGCAGUAGGUUUCAGUAAUCCCGCUCUGAAGGCAGAGCAAAAGCAGGGCAGUCUCAACUAGUGCUCACUGAUUAAGAACUCCCGGUAACCAUACAUUUCCUGCCAAUACGCUUAGUCUCAAAGGUCACGUGUUAGGCCAAUACUACCAGCUUAAAAAGCAACGCGAAUGGCUUCGCGGAGGUUGGCAGCGUGACGUAAUGCACUAUGCUGGUUUAUUUUCUUCCUCCAUGCUUGUCCAUAAACAGAAUACUGGGAGAUACUGGGUACGCGGGAACAGGCGAGUUAGUAGCGGCAUCUUGUGGCACAGAGUAUAACCAGAGAAAACAGCUUCAUUCCAGCGACCAAUCGUAUUCUGCUUAAGUGCUGCUGUAAGGAGUCGUCAGCAACGUUAUCCUUAACACGGAGUCCUUCCUUCUUCAUUUCCUUCGACGAGAACACUCGUGUAACACAAAAACAUUUUCAUUGCCUUGUGGUUGAACGAAGCGUCCCAUGAUGUCGCUACUAGAGUUGCUACUGCCGCACGUAUCUCCGGUUACCCUGCACUCCGCGAAAAAAGUUUACGGACAUGCUAAAGAUAUGUCGCACUCAGAGGUGGCUUGAGCUCAUGUGACUUUGCGUUUUGCUAUUGCGCAUUUCGUUUUGCGUGUGUGUGUGAGAGAGAGUAAACCAUACUGCAGAACGUGAGAAGAAACCUUAAAUUCCUUUUGGGUGUCGACUAAAAGCAUUUUUUUUUUCAGUUUAUUGGUCAAAAUGUAGUCUUCGGGUGCGAGCUUUAACUUAGCGUGGCACUAAAGACAGAAAAAAAAACUAAAGCAAGACAAGCGUGGUAUAUCUGGUAGACACGUCGCGAUAGACAUCAGUGCUUCAUCAGACAUGUUAGCUUGCCGGCCUCCGGCAAUAAUAGAACAUUCAUUCAGUUAACAGGGAUUGGGAAUAAUUGUGAUUAUUUUAUUAAUUGCUGUCGUGAGGCCUGGUACAAUUUGGGCUUGCGCUGCUUGGUAUUUGUGAUGCCUGCCUAGAAUCGAAGUCGGCACCUUUUCGCUGAGUUCGCUGAGAAGUACUUGUUUUCUUACUUACUUACUUACUUACUUAAAUACUUACUGGUGGGAGGGCGAAUAUUCCCGAUAUAACAAUUUGCAAAAAUGCUCGUUCUGCUUGACACGCAGAUGUUUUUAUAUUCGUCGGUAUAAAGAAGAUCAAACUUUAUUACUUCAUUAAACUCGAGAUUCAUUAUGCAAAAAAGAGGCAUGCAAACAGGACACAAGAGUAGAGAAGUGGAGAACAUGAACGCCGACUAUCUUCAACUAGCCUCACCUCUAUUUUGCAUAAUGAAUCCUUACCAAUUAGCUCAGCUGUCUGUCGUUUUAUGAACCCGAGAUUACCUGUACCUGAGAUUUUGAGAUAUCACUGAACCCGAAAAAUCACUUCGAAAACAAUGUUCAUUGUCUUUUCAUGUGCAUUUCUGCCGUUAGUAUAGGCACUGCACGCAAAUAAAUGUAACAAAACAAAAAAACAGUUGGUUCCUCUAAAGGCAAAUUAUAUGUGUUUUGAACGAUACCGGCAAGCCAGCUACGUGCAUCACAUUCACGUCACGCUACUCUUUUUACACAUGCGCUGGCCAAGCUGCAGUAAACAGUCCACAGCGCGGGAUGAAACAUUUCUUAAGAAAUGCAGUGAUGAUAUUAACAGACAACUAUAAUUUUUCUCCCCAUUGCAACUUCUUACUAGCGAACAUGCGUCACUAAGCGAUGUGGUUUUGGAUCAGUAUCACAUUUAUCCUGCCUUUUUAUCACACCUCAGAUUUGUUACGUGGUACGCAGUAACAACUAAUGAGCAAUUGAUCAGUGGCAUUGUGCCUCGUUGCCCGAGAUUUAAAAUUCUUCCUUGUAGAGUGUUACUUCAUAAUGUCUUCAAUCUUCUACAGAUCUAGUCUGUCGCAUGCAAUUUGACGUGUUUUUAUUUAUGAUUAGUGCAACUGUUGGCAGCCCACGUAACAAUAUAUGUCUUUAAUAACAAAGCCUUGCAAACGAGUCAAAUAAAAUACGAAGAUUUUAUUACGUAAAAGGAGCAUGACGCAUUAUGUCUGUAAUAAAACAAGCUUUAUAUUCACAAGCGAAUGACAGCAGAAAGAAAAGACGAAGCUAAAAUUGCAGAAGUGAUAAGGUCACCUUUCUGACAUCUUGACACGUCGUAACACAAAUAUAUUAUUCUGUCGCUCCGCAUGUAAGAAACAUUAUUUUCUUAUAUUCAAGGUAUUAUUGUCAUUAUUAUACGAAAAACAGCUGACAAAAGGAAAAGGGAGAAGAAACUCUAAACAAAGUAUGGUUUCUCGCGCUUUACAAGCGCUGUAUUUUUGUUUGCGUUGAUUUUAUUUUGUUUGAUUUACUUCUCACAAACAAGUACACCCAUGAAGGAGGAGGAGGAGGAGGAGGAGGAGGAGGAGGAAAGAAAGAGAAAAGGCAGGAAUGUUAACCACAAAUGCGUCUGGUUGGCUACCCUGCUCUGGGGUACAGGAAAGAAGGACUGCGAAGAUGAGCUAGAGAGAGGGAGAGGGAGGGGCAAGGACGCGGUGAGCUCGCGCACGCGCGCAACAUGUUGUGAAGCGGAAAGCAGGAACACCACCUAGAUAGCACAAGGCCUGUUCACUACGCUCCACGACGUCAUGCUACUUGGCCCGAAAUUUCCAUUGCCAAGGCUGGCGUGACGAAAGCGGCGACGUCAAAGUCACUGUUGCUUACUCGGGAGCAUCCCCAUUAGAUUCUGUGGCAGUCGGGCCUGGUAGCAUGACGUCAUGGAUAGGAGUGAACAGGCCUUGCGCUAUCUAGGUGGUGUUGGCUUGACGCGCCCUGCCUUUCCUCACAAGUUUGGGAGAGCAGUCGGCGUGCAAUAGAAAAGGCUUUUAACACAUAGGAGAUACAUCAGCGUGAUUAGCGCACAGAAACUGCAUAUAAAUGCAUGAUCCUGAGAGACCUAAUUAACAUAUAUAAAACGUAAAUAUAACACAUAAAUGACACCGUGAACAAUCAAUGUGCGCUCCAGUAAUGCUCUCAAUGGUAUAAAUACUUACCCCGGACACCUAACUACCUCUCAUAUUUCUAGCAAAGCGCCAGAAUUUGGUUAAGAUACCUGCAUGCAGGUCAAGUUGGGCAACAUUGAGUAGUAAUUGAGUAUAAUAUGAUUGCACAAUACUUUCCUCAAUAAAAUGUUCACCGAAGAUUGUUGAAAAAGAACCUAAUGUAUGCCAUUUUCAUUUAAGCUUAAGAACGUGCACAAACUUUUUCUCUGGAAACGUUUGCCUACUGACUCAUGAAAGAAAUGCUUAAAUGAAGGUUUUCUUGUUUUAUCUCGUUUCUAUGCUGUUUUAUGUGCGUCCGAUAAGUGCGUUAGCACAUUUCAUCACUGUGCGCCUCCAGUGAUGUCAGUUUCACGGCAUCGACUUUUUUUUCUGGCGUUUUCUUCCGGCGAGAUCGCAUGAGAAAAUGCCGAGUGGUAGUUUCGACGUUACAUUGUUUCUGCAAGCGUUCAGCUACUGUCACGUGAUUACGGUUUCAUAUCUGUCACCAGCAUUGUUCCUUUGACACAUGAAACAGAUCACCUGCACACCACGAUGUACAUAUAUGCCUGACGACGGGCGCCGGUUCUGUUUGGUGGCGAUCUUGAAAAUGGGUGCUAGAGAUAACCCCUGCAGAGAGAAAAACCUCGAUACGUUGUUUGUGGCGUAUGGCGUGUAUAGGAAACUGCUCGAACGUUCUGUCAAUAAACUAAUUUUUUAUCCGAA